UUUCUUACUCUCUCGUCCGAGCAAGAACUCCUUCAUCCCUUUUCUUUUUCUUUCUUUCUUUCUUUUCUUUUUCUUUUUCUUUUUCUUUUUCUUUUUCUUUUUUCUCCCUUCUUUCUUCUUCUUUUCCUUUCUUCCGCGCUUCCCUCCCCACUCACCCUUCCCCCCCGCGUUCUCUAUCGGCCCGUGCCUGUCCUGGUCGCCCUCCUCUCUUUCGCUCACUCCUGAGGCUCCUCUGUAACUGUACAGCUCCACUUUGCUACUCUUCUUACCCGCAGAGGAACACCAACACCGCCUAUUUUCUUCUCCAAUGCUGUCCCUCAGAAACAUCCACAGACCUGUCUCCCGCUGGGCGCGGCCUGGUCUGCCCCUGAACAAGGCCUAUACAACCGAGCGAACGCGCCAGCCGCUGCACGAGCAAUGGGCCAAGCUGGCUACAAAGGAACUCAAGGGUAAGAGCCCUGAAGAGGUCCUUACCUGGCGAACCGCAGAGGGAUUGAAUGUCAAGCCUGUCUACACCCAGGCCGAUACCAAGAGCAUUCCUGACGAGAUCCCCGGCGCAUUUCCCUUCACCCGUGGUCCAUACGCUUCCAUGUACACUGCCAGACCGUGGACUGUCCGCCAGUAUGCCGGAUUCAGUACCGUCGAGGAAUCCAACAAGUUUUACCGCAAGAACUUGGCUGCGGGUCAGCAGGGUCUCAGUGUUGCCUUUGAUCUCGCCACCCAUCGAGGAUAUGACUCUGACCAUCCAAGAGCUGUUGGAGAUGUCGGUAUGGCUGGAGUCGCUAUCGACUCGGUCGAGGAUACGAAGAUUCUUUUUGAUGGGAUCCCGCUUAACAAAAUGUCCGUCUCAAUGACAAUGAACGGUGCGGUGCUGCCAAUUCUCGCCAUGUUCAUCGUUGCGGGACUGGAACAGGGCGCCAAAUUGGCAGAAUUGUCAGGAACGAUCCAGAACGAUAUUUUGAAAGAGUUUAUGGUGCGCAACACAUUCAUCUAUCCCCCAGAGCCAUCCAUGAAAAUCAUUGGCGAUAUCUUUUCCUACACCUCUGAAAACAUGCCCAAGUACAACUCGAUCUCGAUUUCUGGAUACCACAUGCAGGAAGCAGGAGCCGACAAUGUUCUCGAGAUGGCUUUUACAAUUGCGGAUGGAUUAGAGUACAUUCGCACGGGACUCAAGGCGGGCAUGACCGUCGACCAAUUCGCCCCCCGUCUCUCCUUCUUCUGGGCCAUUGGCAUGAACUUUUACAUGGAGAUCGCAAAGAUGAGGGCCGCCCGUCGUCUCUGGGCUGUCCUCGUCAAGGAGAAGUUCCAGCCCAAGAGUGAAAAGAGUUUGCUGCUGCGAACACAUUGCCAGACCUCUGGAUGGUCCCUGACGGAGCAGGAUCCCUACAAUAAUGUCAUCCGCACCACUGUCGAGGCCAUGGCUGCCACUCUUGGAGGCACUCAAUCCCUUCAUACAAACGCAUUCGAUGAGGCCAUUGGAUUGCCUACCGAAUUCAGUGCACGCAUUGCCCGUAAUACCCAGCUAAUUCUGCAGGAAGAGGCCUUCAUUCCAAAGGUCGCCGAUCCUUGGGGUGGGUCGUACAUGAUGGAGUCCAUGACUAAUGACAUGUACGACGCUGCGAAGCAGAUUGUUGAGGAGGUCGAGGCCAUGGGAGGCAUGGCCAAGGCCGUGGCCAGUGGCAUGCCCAAGCUGCGAAUCGAAGAAUCAGCAGCCAAAAAGCAAGCUCGCAUUGAUUCUGGUCAAGACACGAUUGUUGGUGUCAACAAGUAUAGAUUGGCCAAGGAGGAUCCGAUCGAUGUUCUGGCUAUCGAUAACACUGCUGUCAGACUGGGUCAGACCAGGCGCUUGGAGAACAUGAGAAAGACCAGAAACGCAGAAAAGGCUGCUGCAUGUCUAGAGGCGCUGACAGAGUGUGCCAAGACAGGAAAGGGUAACUUGCUCGGCCUUGCAGUCGAGGCAGCGAAAGAGAGGUGCUCUGUGGGCGAGAUUUCGGAUGCGCUGGAAAAGAUUUGGGGCCGUCACUCACCCACAAUCCGUGUGGUCUCUGGUGCAUACAAGUCCGAGUACGGUGACAGCAGCGAUGUGAGCGACACCAUUUCAUUGGUUGAGAAGUUUUUGAAGGCUCAGGGAAGACGGCCACGUCUGCUGGUAGCCAAGAUGGGUCAGGAUGGACACGACCGUGGUGCGAAGGUCAUUGCGUCUGGCUUUGCGGAUCUCGGCUUUGACGUGGAUGUCGGACCUCUCUUCCAGACACCAGCGGAGGUUGCUCGCCAGGCCAUCGAUGCUGAUGUGCACGUUGUUGGUGUUUCGUCCCAGGCUGCGGGCCACAAGACACUGGUCCCACAGCUGAUUGCGGAACUCAAGAAGCAGGGUGCUGGCGACAAGCUGGUCAUCUGCGGCGGAGUGAUCCCUCAGCAGGACUACCAGUUUUUGUUUGAUGCUGGUGUGACCUCUGUGUUCGGUCCUGGAACACGCAUCCCCGUUGCAGCACAGGAGGUUGUGAACAAGAUUGAGGAGAAGCUGAAGGUGUAGAAUGUUAUACGGAGCGUUGCGGACAAGGUGUAGGAGAAUAAAAUUAGAUUCAUGAGCACACUCAGCAUUGGAGUCCUUGCAGCAGAAACAGAGGAAGCAAUAGCACUGCUUUUAUUUGUCCAUAGAAUAUGGUUAUUCGUAAACACUACACGAGAAUUGAAGAUGAAAACGACUGCUCUGCGCCUCAGGCUUUCUAGUCAAAGACUGAUGAUUAAAGAAUAAAGAUGGAGAAUAAGAAAAAAAAAAAAAAUGGCGCUAUUCUCAGAUACAAGGCGCCCUACAAGGAUUAAAGAGUUAUGCACAGAAAAAGAA